AUUUCUAAACUGCGAACAAAGUCAGGUCAGGUCAUGCUCCGAAACCGAUAUCCAUCGAAGCUCGCUCCAAUGGCGACCACCCUUCUCCUUCUCGUGUUAAUACUCGCUCCCUUCCCCAGCGUUUCCCCCUUCUCCCCUGUCGACUACGACCUCAUCAACUGUGGAUUGCGCGCCGGUGAUGUAGUGGACGCGGAUCACCGAGUCUUCACCGGCGAUGGCUCCCGAUUCCCUUCCUCCACCAGGACCGUACAGCUAGAGAGCACCGAUUCGCGCCUUGCUUCUGCUUCCCCGCUCUACAGCACUGCCAGGGCCUUCCAUUACCCCACAUACUACGCGUUCCCCAUCAGAGAUCGGGGCCAGCACCAUUUGGUACGCCUCCACUUUCAUCCCGUUCAAAAUGAUUAUUAUAAUUCAUACGAAGCUGAAUUUCACGUUGUGGCCAAUGGAUUUCUGCUAUUGCGCAACUUUCGCAUCAGAAAAGGCGAUACUUUUCCGCUAAUUAAGGAGUUUGUGAUCCCGAUCGCUUCCGAGAAGCUUGAAAUUGCAUUAAUGCCCUCGGGAAAAUCAAAUUUUGGUUUCGUGAAUGCGAUAGAAGUAAUUUCUGCUCCGGCUGACUUGAUUGCUGACGUAGCGCAGUUCAUUGAUGUCGAUAAGAACGAGAGGAUUGAUGGGUUAUUGAAAAGUGGCUUUGAGACACUGUACAGAGUGAAUGUUGGUGGGUUCAAAGUGACUCCCUUUAAUGACUCCUUAUGGAGGACUUGGGCGACGGAUGAUCAAUACUUGGCCACAAGCCAAGGGUCUGAAAAAAUCAACUUUGGGGGUCGGAUUAAGUAUCGAUUGGGUGGAUCAACACGGGAAGUAGGCCCGGACAAUGUCUACAAUUCUGCAAGAUUGAUAAGGAGUUCUAAUGGAUCAGUUCCAAGUGUGAAUUUAACAUGGUCGUUUGAAGUGGAAAAGGGUUACAGGCAUAUGGUUAGGAUGCAUUUUUGUGAUAUAGCAAGUAUGGCAGCGGGCAUGAUUUAUUUUAAUGUAUAUUUGAAUGGAAACUUAGCAUGUGCGAACCUGGACUUGUCACAUAUGACAAAUAGACUGUUGGCUUCACCAUAUUAUGCUGACUUUGUUACUGAUGACAUGAGCUCGGGAAAGUUGCUGGUGAGUGUGGGGCCAUCGAACAUAAGCUUACCUCUUGCUGUUGAUGCCAUUCUUAAUGGGAUUGAGAUAUGGAGGCUGAAUAAUUCAAUGAGUAGUUUCGAUGGAGAAGUUUGUGCAGAAUUUGCAUGGAGAAGUUGGAGAACAGAGCAUAGAAGCGGUGGCUUCUUGUCCCUGGUUGCUGCGAUGCUUCUCCUCCUAUCGGUAUCUGUUUAUUUCCAAUGGAGAAGGACUAGCUCUGCAGGAUGGUCAAGGUUGCCUGUGGACAUCUCUGAAGUUAGUUUAAAGUCCGGCAGCCAAUUUUCAUCCAUCAAAACUUGAUCCCUUGCAGAGUGGAAGAGCCGCGCCCCACAGGUUUCCUGUGUUUUAUAGUUCUGAUUGAGCUAGCUAUAUUGUGUGCCAUGAAGAUGCCGCUGUAAGUUUGAGGUGAUGCUGUAUUAUCCUAUCCUGCAAGUAAAUGCCUGUAAUCCUGAUGUUUGUGACACGACUAUUGUAUAAACUGUGCUAUAGUAUGCUAUACCAUUCGAACCAUGUUUGCUUCUGAAAGAUACUUGGAAAUGCUAGUGGUCCUCUCCACUGUUUGUUUUUUUAUAUGCUCUUGUAGUUUUCCAUUUUGACUCUGGAUCAAAUUGUUGUAGUUGGAAGUGACCAAUCUGUACGAAUGAUUUUCAAGUGUCUUUCAACUUUCUUCUGA